UUUGGUGGAAAACUUCUUGCUCGUUAGGGAAUGAGAUUUUGUAAUCUGGGCAACAUCCUAGGUUUCCCCAAAAGAGAAACUGAAUGUUAGAACUCUGCAUAAGAGCUUAAGAAUCCUGCUGGUUAUCUAUCAAAGCUGAACACUACCAUGUACUGUCGUUUUCGGGAAGGAAUAACUCGGCAACAAGGGCUGCGAUCUUUGCUAUAUAGACGUUCAUCUGCGUCUGUUUCUUCACUUUGUUCAACUUCAUAUAUAUCUCAUGCCAGUCCUUCCUUUUCAAGCCGUACGCCUAAAAGCAAAUCAAUGGCUGCUUCAACCUCCAAAUCUGUACUGCGAGGUGUUUGUGUCGAUGAUAUCUCCACUAGCUGUAGCAAUACGCUAGACUUCAAAAAGCCUGGUGCUGGUUGCUUUGUUGACAGAACUCGUAAAGGUUACCUAAAUAAUGCUCUUAAUACUAGCACACAAUGUCUCAUUUGACCGCAGCGCGUGUGAUGAACAGCUUGAAAAUUCCACCCCUACAGUAGCCCCAACAGUUGAUGGUGGCGAGACUUUGAAGCUAUUUUCAGGAUCUUGUUACUUACCACAUCCAGAUAAGGAGGAGACUGGUGGAGAAGAUGCUCAUUUUAUUUGCACUGAUGAACAAGCAUUUGGAGUUGCAGAUGGUGUAGGUGGUUGGGCAGAAGUUGGUGUUAAUGCGGGACUCUUUUCUCGUGAACUUAUGUCCAAUUCAGUAAGAGCAAUCCAAGACGAACCAAAAGGUUCUAUUAAUCCAGCGAGGGUGUUAGAGAAGGCUCACUCAAGUGCAAGAGCCAAGGGUUCAUCAACAGCCUGUAUAAUUGCCCUUGCUGAAAAGGAGCUGCAUGCUAUUAACUUGGGUGACAGUGGAUUCAUUGUGGUUAGAGAUGGAAGCACCAUUUUCAAGUCUCCUAUUCAACAGCAUGGCUUCAAUUUUACAUAUCAAUUAGAGAGUGGCGAUGGAGGUGAUCUACCCAGUUCUGGUGAGGUGUUUACAGUGCCUGUUGCUGGAGGAGAUGUUGUGAUUGCGGGAACGGACGGGUUAUUUGACAACUUAUACAAUAAUGAAAUUACAGCAGUCGUAGUACAUGCUGUUAGAACGGGACUUGAACCCCAAGUUACUGCGCAGAAGAUAGCAGCUCUGGCCCGUCAGCGUGCACUGGACAAAAACAGACAGACUCCGUUUUCUGCCGCUGCUCAAGAGGCCGGCUUCCGGUAUUAUGGUGGCAAGCUCGAUGACAUUACGGUUGUUGUAUCAUACAUAACCUCAGCAAACUCCUGAGUUCCUGUCCAUCAUGCUUUGGCUGUCUCUUGAUGAGUAUUUGUAUUUGUCACACUGCCGUGGCUCCUGUAUAAUAUUUUCAUUUUUGACCUCUUCACACGUGCUCCCUUGCUCCUCCUACUUUUUCUCCAGCAUGAGUUGCUCGAGAGAUGUAUAAAUAGGAAAUACAAGGAUAAGUAGUCCUUACAGUGCAGGGCUUUAUUUUUUUAUUUUUGAUCAUUUACGUUUUUUUUUUUUUUGACGUUUUGCAAUCGGACUUCAGUCUCUCAAAAUUCAGAAGGUUAUAUUUGAAGUUGUAGUUUUUAUGAAUUUUAAA